GGGGGGAAAGAGAGAGAAGUCUUGUCUACUUUUGCCUGGGUUUUUCCAAGGAUGGCUUCACUCUUCCAGCAUCUGAGAAUCUUGCUGUGGAAAAACUGGCUGAGUGUCAAGAGGCAAUCGCUUUGGUCCCUCAUAUUAGUUUGCUGGCCAGUGACUGUUUUCAUAUUCAUAACUAUUAUCCGAAUUGCAUUCCCUGCGAGACCACAACCAAACUGUUUUCUUGCUCCUCGGAACCUUCCUAGUGCAGGUUUUCUCCCAUUUCUACAAACUGUGCUCUGUGAUUCAGAUGCCAGGUGUAAGAGCACACCCUACACACCUGAAGAUCUGCUACCAAAUUUUAAUGGCAUCUCACCUCCCAGACGGAAGCAGAGCAGGUCAGCUAACCUGGGGAAGGACAGUCAUCCGUCACCUCAGAGUGCUGAGGCUCCAAAAAUCAGGAAUGCUUCAUUGGCACUACUGGAGCAUAUAGAUCACUUGAAAAGAAUUUUUGAAGAUGCUUCCUCAGCAUUCAAUUUGACUUCCAGAAGUAACACGUCCAACAAAAUCUUCACUUUGGGAGAGAGUCACAAACAAGAUUCAAGUGCAGCAAAUCUCAAAAUGAUUAUGUGCAAGAUUCUGUCAUCGUAUAUAGCCUCUUACAAUCUCCCUGAGAGAAACAUGACAAGAAACAUUCACAGGACAUUUUGCUUUACCAACUCAUCUCUUUUGGAGUCAUUUUUCCAAGAAUUCAAAAGUCAAGUAUCUCAGGUGCAGCAUGACCCUCAAUACCAGGAAACAUUUGUCAAAGAAAUGGUUUCAUUUUUAUCACUCAUCUCGCAAGUGCAGAAUGAAACCUCUCUGUGGCAUUUCCUCUUGAUGGCCCCAGAUGUGGUUCAAGCUAGCAUAAAAAUGAAAGACAUGUUUGCUUUUCUCCAGAACACAAGCAGUGCUUUGCUGCCAGCACAAAAGGUUUCUCUACCAGUCAUGAGUAAUGAUGAAAUCAAAACCACCCAGGCUGGGGCUACGCAUCUUCUGUAUUCCCUGGAUUGUUCAGAGCAAGGUAAAAAUAACAGUUUUCUAAUGACUGACAUUAAUAAUCUUGUCAAUGACUGGACAUACAACUACAGUUUGUCAUCUCAGUUUGGAGAAAUUCUGAGAAAAAUAAAAUUAGCAGCCUCUGAUGUAAAAGACUCCAAAAGGGACAUCACAUCAAAGAAUUUAGAAGACAUAAAAAAAUAUCUUUGCUUUUUAAAAAGCUUUCAAGAAAAUGUUAAUAAAAGUGAUUUUGAAAACUUAAAUUUGUUCAGAGCCUUUGAGAACGAAACUGUACAGAGAUUGUCUCAAAUUCUGAAGCUGGAAAUGAAUAUGCACUAUAAACUAAGAAAACCAUUAAGUAAGGAAGUCUAUAAGUUCAUAUCAGUGCUGCUUCAGGAAGAUUUUAAGGGCACUUCCAUUGACAAUAUAACAACCCACUGGAAAGAAAUCCAAAGUGCUUUAAAAAUAGUGACCGGGAUUCAGUAUUUAGUAUUUUUAAAUAGGACUAAUGAUACAAGGAAGAUGUGGGAUUCUAUCAAAAUGCUGAUAUUUGAUUCACUUCCAUCAUUACCUGAAGAUGUAAAAACUUUUAUCAAGAGAAUGGAAGGAAUCCCAUCUUUGUUUUCAGAUUAUAUACUUAAACCUACUACCAAUCAGAACUAUCCAGACCAGCUCUUAGCCAUUCAGGAACUCUUUGAUAUCGUGGAAAAUACAACCACAACUCACCAACAGAUCAUGAACUUAGCAUUUGAAUUUAUGCAGAAAAUUGAAGAUUCUGCUGGUGAAGCUCGUUGGAAAGAAUUCAACACCUAUUGGCGUAGUUUUGAACAACUAAGGACCAUCAAUUGGUACAACGUAGCUAUCAUUGCCUAUGGGCAGCUUUUAAAUAUGUCAUACAAUCAUUUUUACACACUGAAAAAUGAUUCAGGUAUUAUAUUCAAUAGAGAAUUGGAAAAACUGAUAGACUCUGCAACACUCAUAUUACAAGAGUAUGGUGGGAAAGACUUCAGAAUGGCUAACAUUUCAAUGGUCAUACAAGCCAUACAAGAGACCCUGGACUUAUUAAAAGAAUUCCAGAUGUUUAAUACCAGUACAUUUUAUACUACUGAUCGACUCAAAAAUGUUGACAAUAGAUCUACCCAAAGACUGUCUGAAAUAGUAAUGGUAGGAAUGAAUAUCCUUUAUGACACCAGAUUGGGCGAAGCAGCCAUUAAAGAAAAAAUUGAUGCAGUCUAUAAUUUCUCACGUCUGCUUCUUCCAAAGGAAAAUAACCAAACUUACUUGCAGCACAGUACUUCCCUUGAAACAGAAGUCUUGAAGCUCUUGCUUUUAGCCUUGAAUCCUUUCCUCAGGGAAAGUUACAAUGAUAAUAAAAAGCUACAGAACUGCUCUGCUCAUGAUAUUCUACACUUAACGCUUCAGAUGGUGUUUGAAAAUGCCACGCUUAGUGAGUCCUUAACAAGAAGCCACUGCAAACUUCUGUUUACGUCCAUGGACACUAAGAACAGAACCGUGCAAAACCAAACAUUUUCUGAAUUGUUUCAGCUUGCAGUGAAUACCCUAGAUCUGACUCCAGAAUUUGCUAACGUCUACCAAAACAAUAGUGAAUAUUUUUCUCGCGAGCUAUCAUGUGUCAUCCAGUCAUUACAGGUUUCUUUCGGUUUUCUUUCACAAUUAAACACUCUCUUUGACUCAGGGAAUUCCUGGAUACAGAAAAAGCAUGAAACUCUGACAGACUUCUCUAGAGAGCUUCCCCAGAAUAAUGAAUCCUGCCAAAUACCAGUCCCCCAGAGCAUGGUGAAUAGUGUGUUCCAUUCCUAUCCUCUAAGCAUUUUGAUCCCAUUUAUUCUGAAUGAAACCUACACAGAUUCAUUAAAUUUCUCUGGCAGCUCAGUGGACUGGCAUAAGCUGUCUAUGUUAUCCAAUCUAUUGUCAACUGUUUCCCAAUGGAACUCCAGUAUGUAUGAACUAUCACAGAUGGUCCAACUUGUCUCCCAUCAGUCUGAAUGGAGACAUUUCUCAAGAGUGUGGAAUGCCACUGGCAAUGUGUUGACCACCAAAUGGAACCUGACAGAAGUGGAUGAGUAUGUGAAACUCCUGAAAACAAUGAAAAAAGCUCUAAUUGUUGUUGAUAUUGGAUUAGUUCCCAGAAAAACAGAAACGUAUCAGUUCCUUCACAACGCUAGUGACAGAAUUGAGUCUUCAGAUUUAGAAAACAUAUUUAAUUCAGUAAAACUCUUCCUCAACAUAACUUCUGCCAGAAACAACACACCUGACUUGGAGAGAUUUAAACGGUUUGUCCCAGAAACACUUUCCUAUAAUUGGGAGGAAGCUCGCAUUGUUUUAAAUUUAGCUACCGUGAUUUGGAAUCAACUCCUUUUAAAUAAAACCACUAUCAAUAUAGAGAAAACAUGGGACAGUAUCAAAAUGUUGACAUCUCUUGCAAUCCAACCAUUCUCUGGAGAUACAAACAACUAUUUUAAUGCAACACAAGAAAUCCCAUCACUUUUUUCAGAUUUUAUGCUGACAUCUCCACUGUCUGAAAAUUUUACAAAGCACUUCUUAGACUUCCAGAAACUCUUUGCUCACAUGGAAAAGGUGAACAGAAGUAACCAUUACCUCUUGAUCUCUUCUCUGUCUGAACUGAUGAAAAAUAUCCAAAAUUCAACUGAUGGAGCUGAGUGGAAUGAGCUGAAGAUGUAUUGGCACAUUGCUGAAACACUAUGGCCCAUGGAGUGGAAUAGCACACACAAUCUUGCUUAUGAGCCACUCCUAGACAUGUUACAUAACCAAAUAAAUUCAAAGAAAAAUGGCUCCAGUCUGCCUUUCAAUAAAGAACUAGAGCAGUUAAUUGAAGUUAUAUCUCACAUAUUCCAAGGGAACGAUGGAGAAGACUCCAAAGCACCUACAGCCUCAACAUAUUUACAAGCCUUACAAAAGAGUAUGCUUACGUUAAAAGAUUUCCAGCAAAUACUUAAUAUUACUGAAUUAGAAACUACUUCUCGAUUCAUGAAUGUUGCCAGGAAAUCCACCCAAAGAUUGUCUGAAAUAUUGAAGGCAGGAGUGAAAAUCCUUCAUGACACCAGUUUGGAAGAAGCAACCAAUAAAGAAAAAAUUGAUGCAGUCUAUAAUUUCUCACAUCUGCUACUUCCAAAGGAACAUAACCAGACUUACUUGCAGCACAAUACUUCAUUAGAAACAGAAGUGUGGAAGCUCUUGCAUUUAGCCUUGAGCCCUUUCCUCAGAGAAGGUUACACUAGUAAUAAAAAGCUACAGAACUGCUCUGCUCAAGAUAUUCUACAUCUAAUGCUUCAGGUAAUGUUUGAAAAUGUCACAGUUAGUGAGUCCUUAACAAGAAGCCACUGCAAACUCCUAUUUACUUCCAUGGACACUAAGAACAGAACCACAUUUUCUGAAUUGUUUCAGCUUGCAGUGAAUACCCUAGAUCUGACCCCAGAAUUUGCUAACAUCUAUCAAAACAAUAGUGCGUAUUUUUCCCAUGAGCUAUCCUGUGUCAUCCAGUCAUUGCAGUUUUCUUUGGGUUUUCUUUCACAAUUAAACAGUCUCUCUGACUCGAGGAAUUCUUGGAUACAGGAAAAGCAUGAAACUCUGACAGUCCUCUCUAGGGACCUAUCCCAGAAUAAUGAGUCCUGUCAAAUACCAAUCACUCAGAGCAUGGUGGAUAGUGUGUUCCAUUCCUAUCCAUUAAACAUUUUGAUUCCAUUUAUUUUGAAUGAAACCUACGCAGAUUCAUUAAAUUUCUCUGGCAGCUCGGUGAACUGGAAAACGUUGUUUAUGCUUUUCGGUGAUGGACAGGAAGAUGUCCAGCGGAUGUCCAGUAUGUAUGAGCUGCCCCAGCUGCUCCAAGAUGCUGCCAAUCUCUCUGAAUGGAGUCAUUUUUCAAGAGUCUGGAAUGUGGUUAACAACUGGCUGAGCACCAAAUGGAACUUGACAGAGGUGGCUGCGUAUGUGAAGCUGUUGGAAAUAAUGAAAAGUGAUCUUGGCAACAAUGAGUCAGCUCCAGGAAUAAUAGAAGUCAGUCACUAUGUACUUGAGAAUCUGAACUCUUCAGAUCUGCUAAAUUUGUUGAAACUGGACUUUGACGCAGCUUCCGCUGUUCACAGAACAGAUCUUGAGAAUGUCUUUGAGAGUGUCUCUCAUCCUUUUGUUACUAUGGCAGAGACCCUUUUUAGUAAGAUCUGGCCUUGGAAUGCAGGGGAAGAAACCAAGUCUCCACACAGCUUGGUCGCACAGUUUCUGUUUUUAGAAUUUGAAAAAGCUAUCUUGCAGGUGGCAGCAAACAACAGUUACAAGCAUUACUUGGUAUGCUUAAUGAAUUUGACUGAAAAUGAAGACAAUGAAUUGUCAGAAAAUAUAACACUGCUUCUGAACCAGGCUCAGAUAGAAAAGGCCCCUUUCACUCAGAAUGAUACCUCUGAGAAACACUCAUCCAUUUCUGAGCUCCUGAAGUCAAAAAUAUCUCACCUCCAAAACCUGACAAAACUUCUCUGUGUCCAUGAGAGCUUUAAGUUAGUGCAACAUAUCUGCUAUCUCCCUAAUAUUAGUUUUGAAGCACUUUGUGAACAAAGUCAAUUUCAUGAGCAACUCCUUCACAGUGUUAAGCUAAGCGAUCGCAUUGUGACAAAUGUAAUUAAUCACAAUAGCAUCUCUCAGGAACUCCAGGAUAUACUGAUUGGAGAUCCUACAAAACUCCGGUUGCAAAUGGAAUGGUUUCAAGAAAAUUUACCGCAGAUGGAUUGCUUUCAAGAUAUUGCUCAAUAUGUGGCUACUAUCAGCUCCAUGGUGAACAGCACUGAGAGUGCAACCGUUUCUGAAAAGAAAGAAUUGUUAAUGGAUAUGUUUACAAAUGUUGAUGAGAUGAAAGAAGAGCUCAUAAAUGAAACAGGAAUGUCCAUAGCAAGUAUCAGUACUCUGAUGGAAAUACCUGUCCCAGAAAACACAACUCAGCUCAUUUCUCAGCUCCUCCAGUUGGAGUCCUGUAAUGUCCAUGCUACUGACCCGAAGCUAGAAGCAGUGGCAAAGGAAUUCUGCAAUCUGUCUCUUCCGGAAAGGACUUGCCAGACUUACGUCCUAGGGGUCACACUUUUACGACAUUUAGAUAUUUAUAAUUUCAUGUAUAAGGUGCUUUUCCCCAAAGAACUGCAGAAAUCCAUGGAGAAGCUCUUGGACUUCCUGACAGAAAUUAAAAAAUUUAAAAACAAAGUGGCAUCUGGUAUAUCUCCACUGUCAGAAGCAAUUAAUUCAUUCAGAAACCUACAACAGUCUAGAAAAGUGGCCCUGUCUGAGGCAUUGUUUAAAACAAACAACAUAAUAACUAGUGGAUCUUUUAAAACUUUUUCAAAAGUUUUUUGCAACCAGGAAAUAUCACCUCUGUUUUUUGAGUCCUUGCUUCCUGAUUUUGAAGAUCCCAAAAGCAAUAGUUCUACCCAUGAUGCUUAUGUACAAAGCAAGAUGAGGAAAUACGGCAUUCCACAGAAUUCCACAUCAUUCUGUUUAACGUUUUAUCUGGAUUUGACAAGUACCCCUAGCGGAGCAUUAAUUUGGUCUUUCCUAAAACCAAUGCUGCUUGGGAAGAUUCUUUAUGCACCAGAUACCCCAGAAACUAGAGCAAUCAUGGAAAAGUCUAAUGCAACCCUGAAGCAGAUGGCUGAUCUAACGGAGAUGUCUCAGGAAUGGAUUGACAAGUCACCAUUGAUCAUGAAUUCACUGACUAAGUUGAACCAAACCAUUCCAGUUGUUAAGAAUGCCCUGAAGAAUCCAUUUGUACAAGUUUUUAUUAAGCUCAUGGUGAAGCUGGAUGCUGUUGAAUUGUUGAGCCAAAUAAAUGAACUGGAUGAUAUCAGGUUGGAAUUACAGAACAAUGCUGACAUCAUCAGCCAGUUGAACGUCUUAGCCACCCUGGCUGCAAACAUAUCUGCCUGUGUGUCAUUUGAUCGCAUUCAGGGAGCAAAAAAUGUUGAGGAACUGGAAGCGGUAGCAAAAGAGCUCUUUCUGAGGAAUGAACUUUUUGCAAGUAUUAUCUUCAAUUUCCCAUCAAGCAGCAAUCGACAGAAGAGGUCAGCAUCUGGCAGCCUGUCUCUUCCUCCAGUGCUCAAUUAUACCAUCAGAAUGAGCAGCAAGAUUUCACAAACAACAAACAGAAUCAGGGAGAGAAUCUGGACUGCGGGUCCACAUAAUUCAACUUCACAGAGCCAGAUCUACAGUCGAGCAUUUAUCUAUAUCCAGGACAGCAUUGAGCGAGCAAUCAUUGAAUUACAGACUGGGAAGAGUCUACAGGACAUAGCUGUCCAAGUCCAGGCCACACCCUUUCCUUGCUACAAUAAGGAUAUGUUCUUAACCAGUGUGACCUACGCUCUCCCAUUUUCUCUGAUGAGUGCCUGGGUGCUGUUUAUAGCGACUUUUGUUAAAAAGCUUGUUCAAGAGAAAGAUCUAAGGCUUUAUGAGUAUAUGAAGAUGAUGGGUGUCAACUCCAGCAGUCAUUUUUUUGCCUGGUUCAUAGAAUGUGCUUGUUUCCUUCUAGUCACAGACAUUUUUCUCAUUACUAUUUUAAAAGUUGGCAAUAUCCUUCCCAAAAUAAAUAUAGCUAUUCUAUUCCUGUACCUGAUGGACUACAGCCUUUCCAUCAUAGCCAUGUGCUACUUCAUCAGUGUCUUCUUCAACAACACCAACAUUGCUGCCUUGGUUGGCAGCCUUGUAUACAUCCUCACAUUUUUCCCCUACAUUGUCCUGCUUGUAAUUGAAAAUGACUUGAGCUUUGUAGUGAAGAGCCUGCUGUGCCUGUUGUCUCCAAGUGCAUUUGGUUAUGCAAGUCAAUACAUUGCUCGUUAUGAGGAACAGGGAGUAGGCCUGCAGUGGGACAAUAUGUAUAAAUCUCCAUUGAAUGGAGACAACACUUCUUUCAGCUGGAUGUGCUGGCUAAUUCUGAUAGACUCUUUCAUUUACUUUAUUCUGGGCUGGUACAUUAGGAACGUUUUCCCAGGAAAAUAUGGCAUGGCUGCCCCAUGGUAUUUCCCAUUGCUUCCAUCCUACUGGGAUGAAGGCUAUGGUAAUGCAUCACUGUGGAAUGAGAAAAGGAAGGGCCUUUUUUUCACAAACUUCAUAUUCAGAAAAGAAGCAACAAUCACCAAUAAGACACAUGCUAAUGGUACCCUCCCUCCUAACCUUGAACCUGAACCUACUGAUCUCACCCUGGGAGUUUCUCUUCAUGGAAUAACAAAGACUUAUGGCUCCAAAGCUGCAGUGGAAAACCUCAACCUGAACUUCUAUGAAGGCAACAUCACAUCUUUGCUGGGGCAUAAUGGAGCUGGAAAGACUACCACCAUAUCUAUUUUGACUGGGCUGUUCCCUGCUUCAUCAGGUACCAUUUAUGUUUAUGGCAAAGAUAUCAGAACGGAUCAAAAUAUCAUCAGGAAGAACAUGGGCAUCUGUAUGCAGCAUAAUGUGUUAUUUAGUUAUCUCACCACCAAGGAGCACCUGCUGCUUUAUAGUUAUAUCAAAGUCCCGCACUGGAGUAAGCAGAAGCUUCAGGAUGAAGUGCAAAGGACAUUGAAGGAGACUGGGUUGUAUAGCCAUCGUCACAAGCUAGCUGGCUCAUUGUCUGGAGGGAUGAAAAGGAAGUUGUCUAUAUCAAUAGCUUUUCUCGGUGGAUCAAGAGUUGUAAUCUUAGAUGAACCCACCACUGGUGUGGAUCCAUGCUCUCGGAGGUGUAUUUGGGAGAUUAUAUCCAGAAAUAAAAAAGGCCGCACCACUAUUCUCUCUACCCAUCACUUGGAUGAAGCAGAAGUUCUGAGUGACCGAAUUGCAUUUCUGGAGGAGGGAGGCCUCAAGUGCUGUGGGUCUCCUUUCUACCUGAAAGAAACAUUUGGUGAUGGAUACCAUCUGAUUCUCACUAAAAAGAAGAACAUGACAGAAGAGUGUGACACCUCAGCAGUGACCUCCAUGAUCAAGUCACACCUCCCAGAAGCUUAUCUUAAGCAGGAUAUUGGUGGAGAGCUAAAGUACGUGCUUCCCCCAUACAACUCCAGAGUCUCUGGAGCAUAUCAGUCUCUCCUCAAAGCCCUUGAUACCAGCUUGAAUGAUCUCCAUAUUGGCUGCUAUGGGAUUUCAGACACCACCAUGGAAGAGGUAUUUCUUAACCUGACUCAAGACCUAGAGAAAGAUCAACAAGAUGACAAUAAGUUGCCCCAAGUGGUGCCCGAACCCAAUGGUUUAAUGAACAGUGAUGAGAUGUCUUUGAACAGUCACAGCUUCACUGACAAAGAUGACCAAUCCUUGCUUAGACCAAGAAAGCUGAAGAAAUGGCCGUUGCUGCUCAAGAGAGCAAAUGCCGUGUUCAUCAAGAGGUUCCACCAUACCCGACGUAAUGUGAAAGGCUUUAUUGCUCAGGUCAUCUUACCAGUACUCUUUGUGGCAACAGCUAUGGGGCUUGGUACACUGAGAACAAAGGAGGCUGAAUAUCCAGACCUCCUCCUUUCUCCCUCCAUGUAUGGGUUCUCUGACCAGGUUGAUUUCUUUGGGAACUUUAAUGAAACCACAGAUGCUUUAGUCGCUUCAAUGCUUUCUUUCCCUGGAACAGAUAACACAUGCAUGAAUGAAAGUAAUUCGUGUUUAAAAGAAGAUAUGCUUGGCCAGUGGGUAUUCAGUGGAAACCAGAGCACUAAAUAUUCUGCCUGCAACUGCACAGGCAGCCACCAGACAUGCCCACAAUUUGCCUUUUCCCCACCUCACCGAAGAACCUUCUCAUCCAGGAUGGUUUAUAAUCUUACUGGGCAUGAUGUGGAAACAUACCUUUUAGAAACUGCCAGAGAUUUUCUGCAGAAAAGGUAUGGUGGUUGGAGUUUUGGGCUGCCUUUGACUAGUGACCUCCAGUUUGAUAUCAGCCCAGUGCCGGCCAACAGAACACUCACUAAGGUAUGGUAUACUCCAGAAGGGUACCACAGCCUUCCAGCUUAUCUCAACAGCCUAAACAAUUUCAUUCUUAGAGCCAACCUGCCAAAAAACGAGUCUUCUAAACAUGGUAUUAUUCUAUCAAGUCAUCCAUAUCCUGGAGGACAGGAUCCAGAACAAGUAAUGCUCAGCAGCUUACUUGAUAUCAUCAUUUCAAUGUUGCUUCUGAUUGGCUACUCAAUCACAACAGCCAGCUUUGUGCUAUAUGUGGUAAAAGAGCAUCAAACCAAAGCUAAGCAACUGCAGCAUAUUUCAGGCAUUGGUGUGACAAGCUAUUGGGUGACUAACUUCAUUUAUGAUCUGGCUCUUUUUACAGUCCCUGCUGCACUUUCAACAGGAGUUAUUUCAGUUUUCCAGAUACCUGCCUUCUACAACAAUAAUAAUUUGUUGGCUGUAUUUCUCCUUCUAUGGAUGUUCGGGUAUGCAACAUUUUCAUGGAUGUACUUGCUGGCUGGGCUCUUCAAGGAUAUAGGAAUGGCUUUCAUCGUUUAUGUUUGUAUCAACUUAUUCUUCGGCACCAAUACCAUUAUUACACAUUCAAUUGUGUUUCUGCUUUCCCAAGAAAAUGGUUCUGAUAAGGCCUUGUAUGAUCUUUCUGAGACCUUGAGGCGUAUUUUCCUGAUAUUUCCACAAUUCUGCUUUGGAUAUGGUCUGAUUGAAAUGUCCCAGAUGAAUGCACUGCUUGGCUUCUUAAAAACCUAUGGAGUGGAUGUCCCUGACAGAACCUUUGAGUUGGAUAUGACAAGUUCUAAACUGCUUGGCAUGCUUAUCCAAGGCACUAUUUUCUUUGCAAUUCGGCUCUGGAUCAAUGAUGGAACGAUUCAGAAACUCUGGUACAAUAUAUUAGAAUUGCUGUUUGACAGAGUACAUGGCAAGCCACCACUUCCGCUGGAGACAGCUGAUGAAGAUGAGGAUGUCCGGGGUGAAAGAGAAUGGGUUGAGUCUGGCAAAGCAGACUUUGACACACUGCAGCUCCAGAAUCUCACCAAGAUAUACCAUCUUCCUCACAAGAGGAUUGUGGCUGUCAAAAAUGUCAGCGUUGGAAUCCCAGCAGGAGAGUGCUUCGGCCUGCUUGGUGUCAAUGGUGCUGGAAAGACAACGAUCUUUAAGAUGCUGACAGGAGACAUCGGACCUUCUAGAGGAAGAUUGCUGAUCCAGGAUCAAACUGGAUCCCUAAGUGAUAUUGAUGAAACACACUGGUCACUGUUUGGAUACUGCCCUCAAGAAGAUGCCUUGGAUGACUUGCUAACAGUGGAAGAGCACGUGUACUACUAUGCCAGGCUGCAUGGCAUCCCAGAGAAACAUAUUAAAGGAGUUGCACUUCAGCUUCUUUAUAGGCUUAAUCUGAUGCCCUAUAAAGACAAAGUCAGUUGUUUAUGCAGCUAUGGCACCAACAGAAAAUUAUCAACAGCUCUGGCCCUUAUUGGAAAUCCCUCAAUCCUGUUGCUGGAUGAACCAAGCUCUGGGAUGGAUCCUAAAGCUAAACGCCACCUCUGGAAAAUCAUCACUGAAGAAGUACAGAACAAGUGUUCAGUGAUACUCACUUCCCACAGCAUGGAAGAAUGUGAAGCUCUCUGUACCAGGCUGGCUAUUAUGGUGAAUGGAAGUUUUCAAUGCAUUGGCUCACUGCAGCAUAUCAAGAGCAGGUUUGGAAGCGGAUUCACUGUGAAGAUGCAUUUGAAGAGCAGUAGAGUCAACACACAGGCUCUGACGCAGUUCAUGCAAUCACAUUUUCCAAAUACAUGCCUAAAGGAUCAGCAUUUCAGCAUGGUGGAAUAUCAUGUGCCAGUCACUGCAGGUGGAGUAGCAAAUAUAUUUGAACUCCUGGAAAACAACAAAACAGCCUUCAAAAUCAGGCACUUCUCAGUGAGUCAAACAACUCUAGAGGAGGUUUUCAUCAACUUCGCCAAAGAUCAAACUGAUCCUGACAAUUCAGAUGCAAGCCCAGUACAUCUCUGAGACAAGUAGCCAAGAUACCAGCAAAAACAACAUCUAUUAAAAGGAUAUUGUGCGGUUAAAAAAAAAUACUUUUUUUUUUUACUUAUUUUAUUACUAGCAAUAUAGUAAACACUUAAAACUGGCAUUAGGUUACAUACUGGAUUGUUUUUUCCAUAGUUCUAGUUCUAUGUUCACUUCUAUGCAUACUAAGAAGUUGUUGACAUCUGUGUGAUACUCCUGAGUUGCUGUUCACUAGGGCUGUGUGAAGCUUUGGUCCCUGAUUUGAUUCAGUGGAGAUUCGGCCCGAUUC